AUGCAGAUACCGGAGCUGCGGCAUUGCAGCUGCUUGUGGGGUGCACUCACCGUCGCAGUACCAGGUGCGCGGAAUGCAGAUGCCGGAGCUGCGCCACUGCAGCUGCUUGUGGUGUGCACUCACCGUCGCAGUACCAGGUGCGCGGGAUGCAGAUGCCGGAGCUGCGGCACUGCAGCUGCUUGUGGGGUGCACUCACCGUCGCAGUACCAGGUGCGCGGGAUGCAGAUGCCGGAGCUACGGCACUGCAGCUGCUUGUGGGGUGCACUCACCGUCGCAGUACCAGGUGCGCGGGAUGCAGAUGCCGAAGCUGCGGCACUGCAGCUGCUUGUGGGGUGCACUCAUCGUCGCAGUACCAGGUGCGCGGGAUGCAGAUGCCGGAGCUGUGGCACUGCAGCUGCUUGUGGGGUGCACUCACCGUCGCAGUAUCAGGUGCGCGAGAUGCAGAUGCCGGAGCUGUGGCACUGCAGCUGCUUGUGGGGUGCACUCACCGUCGCAGUACCAGGUGCGCGGGAUGCAGAUGCCGGAGCUGUGGCACUGCAGCUGCUUGUGGGGUGCACUCACCGUCGCAGUAUCAGGUGCGCGAGAUGCAGAUGCCGGAGCUGUGGCACUGCAGCUGCUUGUGGGGUGCACUCAUCGUCGCAGUACCAGAUGCGCGGGAUGCAGAUGCCGGAGCUGUGGCACUGCAGCUGCUUGUGGGGUGCACUCACCGUUGCAGUAUCAGGUGCGCGAGAUGCAGAUGCCGGAGCUGUGGCACUGCAGCUGCUUGUGGGGUGCACUCACCGUCGCAGUAUCAGGUGCGCGAGAUGCAGAUGCCGGAGCUGUGGCACUGCAGCUGCUUGUGGGGUGCACUCACCGUUGCAGUAUCAGGUGCGCGAGAUGCAGAUGCCGGAGCUGUGGCACUGCAGCUGCUUGUGGGGUGCACUCACCGUCGCAGUACCAGGUGCGCGGGAUGAAGAUGCCGGAGCUGCGGCACUGCAGCUGCUUGUGGGGUGCACUCAUCGUCGCAGUACCAGGUGCGCGGUAUGCAGAUGCCGGAGCUGUGGCAAUGCAGCUGCUUGUGGGGUGCACUCACCGUCGCAGUAUCAGGUGCGCGAGAUGCAGAUGCCGGAGCUGUGGCACUGCAGCUGCUUGUGGGGUGCACUCACCGUCGCAGUACCAGGUGCGCGAGAUGCAGAUGCCGGAGCUGCGGCACUGCAGCUGCUUGUGGGGUGCACUCACCGUCGCAGUACCAGGUGCGCGGGAUGCAGAUGCCGGAGCUGUGGCACUGCAGCUGCUUGUGGGGUGCACUCACCGUCGCAGUACCAGGUGCGCGGGAUGCAGAUGCCGGAGCUGCGGCACUGCAGCUGCUUGUGGGGUGCACUCACCGUCGCAGUACCAGGUGCGCGGGAUGCAGAUGCCGGAGCUGCGGCACUGCAGCUGCUUGUGGGGUGCACUCACCGUCGCAGUACCAGGUGCGCGAGAUGCAGAUGCCGGAGCUGCGGCACUGCAGCUGCUUGUGGGGUGCACUCACCGUCGCAGUAUCAGGUGCGCGAGAUGCAGAUGCCGGAGCUGUGGCACUGCAGCUGCUUGUGGGGUGCACUCACCGUCGCAGUACCAGGUGCGCGGGAUGCAGAUGCCGGAGCUGCGGCACUGCAGCUGCUUGUCGGGUGCGCACUGGUGAGGCGCUAG